CAAACAAUUUUCUCCAUUCAUAAAUUCAUUACCUAGUUCUAAUGGUGGUGGUGUGGGUAGUUAGCUCGCCCACCAACUUGUGAUCAUCUCCCCAUUACAUUACUCAUGAUAACCUCUCACCAUCCCUUCUUCUGACCUUUGAACUUCCGGUGGCUGGUAAUAAUAAUAUCACCAACUCCGUUCGCCUUAUCAUAAUUUUCAGCGUACUACUACUGCCUUUAACUUUUUCUUCUUCCUCUGGAAUUGAUCUCUCUCCUCCUCGAUUCAAGGUGACCAAUGGCUAGGAAGAAGAUCAGGGAGUACGACUCUAAACGCUUAUUGAAAGAGCAUUUGAAGAGAAUUUCUGAAAUUGAAAUCGGGAUCCGCUCUGCUCAGGUCACCGAAUCAACAGAUUUCACAGAAAUUACGGACAAAGAGCCAUGGCUUUCCUCCACCAAGCUUGUCGUGAAGCCUGAUAUGUUGUUUGGGAAGAGGGGGAAGAGUGGAUUGGUCGCACUUAACCUCGAUCUAGCUCAAGUUGCAGCUUUUGUCAAAGAACGCCUUGGUAAAGAGGUGGAGAUGGGGGGUUGCAAGGCACCAAUUACCACAUUUAUUGUAGAACCAUUUGUUCCUCACACCCAAGAGUUUUACCUUUCAAUUGUCUCUGAGAGGCUUGGAUGUACAGUGAGUUUCUCGGAAUGUGGUGGAAUUGAAAUUGAAGAGAACUGGGACAAGGUUAAAACAAUCUUUCUCCCAACCGAAAAGUCAAUGACACCUGAAGCCUGUGCUCCACUAAUUGCAACUCUGCCUUUGGAGAUUCGAGGCACAAUUGGAGACUUCAUAAAGGGUGUCUUUGCCAUAUUUCAAGACCUGGACUUCACUUUCCUUGAGAUGAACCCAUUUACUUUGGUCAAUGGGGCACCAUACCCUCUGGAUAUGCGAGGAGAGUUGGAUGAUACUGCUGCCUUCAAGAAUUUCAAGAAGUGGGGCAAUGUGGAGUUCCCAUUACCUUUUGGAAGAGUGUUGAGUCCAACAGAAAGCUUUAUUCAUGGUUUGGAUGAAAAGACUAGCGCCUCUCUGAAGUUCACUGUAUUGAAUCCGAAAGGGCGCAUUUGGACAAUGGUAGCUGGAGGAGGUGCAAGUGUAAUUUAUGCAGAUACUGUUGGAGACUUGGGCUAUGCCUCAGAGCUUGGGAACUAUGCAGAAUAUAGUGGUGCUCCCAAUGAAGAAGAGGUGUUGCAGUAUGCCAGAGUCGUUAUUGAUUGCGCUACAUCUGAUCCUGAUGGUCGGAAAAGGGCACUCUUGAUUGGUGGGGGCAUUGCAAACUUUACUGAUGUUGCUGCCACGUUCAAUGGCAUAAUCAGGGCAUUGAGGGAGAAGGAAGCAAAGCUGAAAGCAUCACGAAUGCAUGUUUAUGUUCGUAGAGGUGGUCCUAAUUAUCAGACGGGGUUAGCAAGGAUGCGAGUUCUUGGGGAAGAGCUUGGAGUUCCCCUUGAGGUCUAUGGCCCUGAGGCAACAAUGACUGGAAUCUGCAAACAGGCAAUUGAGUGCAUCAUGUCUGCUGCAUAAACAUUAUGUUCUUCCAUUGUCUUCUCUUUUGAUCUUUGAUCCCAUGGACUGCUCUUCAUCAUCAAGGGGCAUUUAAUAAUCCAAUAAGGCCUGAAUCAAUUGAUAGCUGGUCUUGUAUGACAGUUUUCUGCCAUUUAAUCUGAAUCCAUUUUGUAGAUUGUAAACAGGACCACUUAUGGACUUCAAAAGUCUGUAGUGCACAAACAAAGACCCUUUGAUAUAUCUUUUAUUGCUCUCCA